AUGGUCCGAACCCGGAUGGCAGGCUCAGAAUAUAAUUUUAGGACAUUAUUCAAAACCUGCAAAAUAUUUAUCGUUACACUCUUGGAAUUUUGUACAGACUAUAUCCUACUACAUAGUGCAAUUUUAAGUAUGGAUGAGAAUAUUACCCAUCGGAAAAUUUACACAGACUUGAUUCAGUUUCUUAAUUUAGGAAAGGAUGUCUUUAAUACAACUUCUUUUUAA